AUGACCAGCACUUGCUGCCGCUCUGCCAUAGGCCCCAGAAUGGGUGCCUUGGCAAGCCCUGGCCUUGCCCUCCUCCUGUCCCUCACUGCUCACUGCUCUGGUCCCCAGACUGAGGGUGUUCUCCAGGGAGGGCUGGAUGUCGGCAGGGUCGACCCAUGGGCCAGGGCCAAUACUGCCCUCCUACAAGAUUUCUGGUGCCAGCCAGCUGACCAGCUGCCACGCGAGCAGCUCUCUGCCCUGCUGAGGAGCCUGGCAUCACAGCACAUCCGACUCCAAGCCUGGCAGCUCAGCUGCUUGGCCAACUUCGUGUCCCGGCUCAGCCUGCAGGACGACUUUGCGCUUCACCCACCAGACCUCCUGCUUUUCUACAACCUGAGCCAGGUGAAGCAAGCCAACUGUCGGGCCUUCACCUGCCAUGCAGCCCAGGGAGACACAGAGCUGUUGGCCAACCUGCCCGACCAGAGGAUAGCCCUUCGGCAUACAGCCCUGGCCUGCCUGGGGGGACCCCACCUGCAGCUCAGUGCCUCAGAGCUGGGGCUCCUUGGGGUCCUGGUGUGUGACAUGGAUGCAUCCAGCAUUGUGACUGCAGACCCCCAUGUGCUGCAGAACCUGUUACGCUGCUCCCGGCUGACCACCUCCCAGCAGGCUGCCCUCAAUACCCUCUUGGCCAGUGGGAGGACCCAGCUUGGAACUCCUGGCUCCUGGAACUUGGAGGGGCUGCAGGCCCUGGGGCCCCUGGCAACCUACAUCAGUCCCCACCUGUGGGAACAGGUGCAGGAGGCUGUGGGCCUGGCCUUCUUUCGCAGCAUGGUGGCCGCCUGCCGGGUGAGGCACCUCAGCCAGUAUGAUGCCCGGCGCUUUGUCACCAGCUUCCUGGAGUCCAAGGCCACCUCAGUGUCCUCAAGGCCCAAGCGGGGCACAGGGAGAUCCUGCAUUCAUGGCAACAUCACAGCGGCCACACUGCAGGAUGACCUCUUCCUGCUGCGCUAUGACUGCACCCAGCUAGAGUCCUGCCUGGGCAGCCGCGUGCUCAGAGCCAACCUGGAUCCCCUGCUGCAGCACCCACUGCCUGCUGAGUGCCAGCGUGUUGUCAAGGCCAAGCUCACUCAGAUCUACCCCCACGGUGUGCCUGAGGACCAGCUGCACCUUAUCACCUCGCUGGUCUACCUCUACUCUCUGGCUGAGAUAGGACAGUGGAACAUCACGUCAGGGGACACUGUGGUGGCCCUGCUGGCCUCGAACGUAGCCCUGGAGAACCAGACAGAGGCAGUCCUACAGAGGUUUCUGGACCACAAUGGCAUGGUCACUGGCACCCUGCUGGUGGCCAUUGGGGGUUCUCGCCUCUGCUGGAUGAGCCCCAGGCAGAUCCACACCAUUCAACCCUCAGAGUUCCGGCUGGCUGGGGCCCCGGACCUCUCCUCCUGUCCUCAGAGCCGGAAGAAUGUGCUCUUUACCAAGGCCCGUGAGGCCUUCAGCAACACCAGCACCACAGCUACCUACUACCACCUCAUGCGCCCAUACCUUGGUGGCGCCCCUGUGGAGGAGCUGCAGCACUUGGCCCAGGCCAACAUCUCCAUGGACAUUGACACUUUCACCAACCUCAAUCCCCACGUGCUGAAGAGUCUGAGCAUCAGCAAUGUGACCACGCUGCUGGGCCAGAAUGUGGGGGACCUGCAGAAGGCCCGCAGCCACCCUACCGUCAGCUCCUGGCUGCGCAGCCUCAACAGGUCAGCCCUGGGUGAGCUGGGCCUGGACACUAACCUCGCCAGCCCCACCCCUGCCCAAACGACCAGAAGACUCCCCAGCACUACCCUCUCAGCAUCCUAUCUGGCCACCUCCUCCAGCCAGCCAGGGAGCAUCAAUGCAGCCCCCACCUCAGGCAGCCCACCGGUCCACCUGGCAUACUUGCUCCUCUCAGUGGCCCUGCCCUCCAUCCUUCUGUGGCUGCUAUUGUUUGGGCGCCUCCAGGCCCGAUGGGGGAUGAUUGUGCAGCACCAGGACCCUGGCCACUGUGGACAGCACUGACCUAUGGUGACCAGACCCAUGGGCAUCACAAGACAGAGCUGCUAGAAGAAGCUGGAUGACUGCCCAGCCAAGGUGCAGCCCUGGGCCCGGGAGACCUGUAGUGUCCCCGUCCUAGGUCUACAGGGCUGGUUCCAUACACCUCAGCUCCUGGGACCUACAUCUGUGAGAACCAGGGACCUGCCUAGCCACAGGUCCAGGCUGGCAGUGGGGACAAUUCCAGGCCCUCUGCAGGAUAAAUGGAACUAGGUAGAGCUUCGAUCUCACCGCCCUUGAGGGUAGAUCUGAAUAAAGUAUAAAGCUAUCUGCUGCACAUGUCUUUCCUGGGUCCCUAAUAGGAGCACAGAGACUCUCCCCCAGACAGCCUUCAGCUGGGAGCCUGGGAA